AUGCUGCAGAUGAUCACACUUCACCCUGUCGCGUCAAAUGUAGUGAAUUUAUAUGAGUCGUUUGAACACAAAGGUCAAACCUGUUUGGCUUUCGAAAUACUGGACAGAGACCUGAUUCAGCUUUUGGGAGACCGACAGUACAAACCUUUGUCGCUCAACGAGAUCCCACCAAUCGCACAGCAGGUAAAGACCUUGCAGCCAGUAGAUCAUUUAAUUAGUGAAGUAAUACAGAAUUGAAACAUCUACAAAUAGAGGAUUAAACAUACAGCACAUUUGCUCUAAUCUGUACAUCCUGCACACUUGUUUGCUGUUAUCCUCUUUAAUUUUUUUACUCUUUAUUUCUGCAGCUGCUCACAGCUUUUGUUGCCCUGAAAGGCAUCAGCGUUAUCCAUGCUGACUUAAAACUUGAUAACGUCAUGCUAAUCAACCAGGAGAACCAGCCUUUCAGGGUGAAGCUGAUUGAUUUUGGCCUUGCACUUCACAAUAGUGAAGUCACAACUGGACUGACUGUACAGGCUCUUGGCUACAGGUAAGUCAACCUUCAGAGCUCAUCCUCUCACUGAUGUUGUCGCUGAUCAGAUAGAGGUUAUUAUCUCACAUGUAUGUGAUGAACCUGUCAUUUCCAAACAGGGCCGCGGAGGUGAUCUUGGGCCUCCCCUUUACAGAGGCCAUUGGUAUGUGUGGUGUUGGAUGUGUACUGGCAGAGCUGUUCCUUACCUGCUAUCUAUUUGGGACAGGUUAUGAGUACCAGAAGGUAAGUAACUCCUUUCAUUGUUAUUUGAUCACUCAGGCAGAGAAAUAUUACUCCAAAAAAAGUCCAAACUCAAUCAGAGACCUGAUGUAGAGUGCUUCUUUGUGUUUGGUCCUAGAUGAUGAACAUAGUGGAUGUUCUCGGUCAGCCUGAUGAGCAUGUGCUCAAUGCUGGGAUUUACACCGACAAAUUUUUCAAGGCAAAUUGGCACUGACCCCGAUAAGAGACUGACACCAGUAGAAGCCCUCAAACACCCGUUUAUUACUAUGAUCCAUCUGGAGGAGGAGG